AUGAAGGUUAAUAAAAAAAUUGUUACAAUAAUACCAAUAUCAAUAAUUAUAUUUUUAUUUUUAUUAACAAAUGGUUCACAAUUCAAAUCAAUAGCUAAUCAACAAGCUCAACAAUUAUAUUUAAAAUAUUCAUAUAAUUCAGUUGAUGAAUAUAGAGUUGCAACAUAUAAUCAUGAUUCUCUUGGUGAAUUACGUCGUAAUUUAUCCAUUCAUUUCCCUUAUACCAAAAACACUGAUGAAAUACCACGUAAUAUAUGGCAAAUGUGGAAACAUGAUGAUGUUAAAUCAUUAGAUAAAGGAUUACAAGAUUUAAUUGAAACAUGGCAACAUCAAGAAAAUUUUACAUAUAAAUUAAUUCCAGAUAAUUAUCUUGAUGUUUUCAUUAAUGAAACUUUUGCAGAAACAGCACCAAUGGUUAUGGAAGCAUUCCAUAAAUUACCUUUAAUUAUCUUGAAAUCAGAUUUUAUGAGAUAUUUAUUAAUGUUUGUUUAUGGUGGUGUUUAUUCAGAUAUUGAUACUUCAUUACAUAGAAAUUUAACAAAAUGGAUAUCAUAUGAAAAUACUAUAACACCAAAUUUACCAAAUCAAAUUGGAUUAGUUAUGGGUAUUGAAAGUGAUCGUGAUGAAAAAAAUUGGGCAAGAAAUUCCAUGCCUAGAAGAUUACAAUAUUGUCAAUGGACAUUACAAUCAAAACCUGGACAUCCAAUGUAUAGGGAAUUAAUUACAAGGAUUGUUGAUUUAACUUUAAAUCAUUUUGACCCCAAAACAAUGACAUUAAUUAAAAAUGGGAAAACAUUUGAUUUAAAUAAAGGUUCCAACACAAAACAAAGUGGGAUUUUACAAUGGACAGGACCUGCAACUAUAACAGAUGCAUUAUUUGAUUAUUUAAAUGAAGUUUAUAAAACAAGUGAAUUAUUAGAUCCAGAGUUGGAUUUCAAACAAGAUAAAAUGAUUGAUCCAAAUAGAGAUUUAAAUUUAUUAUCAAAAGUUAAAUUUGAAAAAUUAAGAGGUGCUACACAUAAUGAAUAUAUCCCAGUGGAAAGACCAAUUGGAUGGCAAAAUUUUACUAAACAAGUUCAUCCAAUCUUGUUUGAUGAUGAUGUUUUAUUAUUACCACAUAUUUCAUUUGGGAAUAGAGAAGGUGGUGAUUUAGAUUAUGUUAUGCAUCAUUUUAAAGGUUCAUGGAAGAAUUAG